AUGAAGUUUUUCUUGUGUUGUAGGUCUGGCUAUAGUGGGUCAAGGGCUCAGCAGCAGCCACCGGAGAAGUCGAGAUUGCUGGUAGCGACAGAAGCUCACCUCCGCGUAGGGCGGAAGAGGAGAAUGGGCGCCGGGGAGAGGCGUUGUGGGGUUAUUGAUUGGAGGCCAUCUCUUUCAUCAAUAUCUGAGGACAACAUUUUGUCGGAGAGGGUUAUUCAACGGCAGCCACAGCGGAGAAUUAACAGGAAGGGUGGUGGUGCAUCCAUUUCACAUAGAGAUCGUGCUCUUUCUUCGCAUCACAAUAAUGCCUGGAAACUUCCUUAG